AUGUGUGCGCCUGUUGACCUUCCCUUUCUUUUCGAUGUCUUUGUGACCUUCACCCUGCCGAGUGUGUGUGUGCAUUUUGUCAUUGAUCUUCCCCCAUGGCUUACGCAUCUCUCCCUCCAUUGUGAAGUUUAUUGCUUUGUGGAGAUUAAGGGUACCUCAAGCCAAGCAAGCAACAUGACAGCUCGGGUGUCACCGCUCAAUUGCAGCCCCCCAUGUGAAGAAUCCCCUGGGUCCCCGCCGGUGUCCAACCAGCUUUCUGAUAACUUUGGUCCUCCAAAGCAUUUAAACUGCCUUCAACGCUUUGCAGAAAGACUGGUUCCUGAUGGUGGGACUCUUUCCGGUGUUUUUAAUCUAGCCGCAGGAAGUCUUGGUGCUGGCAUCCUCGGCCUGCCCACCGCAUUUCGUGAUUCAGGUGUUGUGGCGGGCACCAUUUAUUUGAUCAUCAUCUACCUCUUCACUGUGUUGUCCAUGAAUCUUUUGGCAAGGACUGCGGUUAAGACCGGCAUUCACAGCUAUGAGAAGACGGGUGCUCGAAUACUUGGUCGAGGCGGAGAUGUUUUCGUUGCAGUGGUCAUGUUUGGGAAAUGCUUUGGUGCAUGCAUCGCGUAUGUCAUUUCCGUUAGCGAUCUCAUCUCCGCGUUUCUCACCGACGACUCCGUGACCGGGUAUUGGAGAACGAAAAGCUGGAACCGUAUUCUCACGAGCAUAUUUUUUCUCAUCUUCAUGCUGCCGUUGUCACUCCCGAAGCGAAUCAACUCCCUGAGGCAUGUCUCAAUGUUUGCAGUGGUGUUUCUUUUGUACUUCGUUAUCACCGUCGUUAUCCACUGUUCGAUGUAUGGCUUCGAGAACGGAGUGCGGGAAGAUCUUUAUCUUGUCCGGGGUGGGAAUGAUGGCAUUCAAGGACUUGGAGUCUUAAUGUUUGCGUAUCUUUGCCAAAGUAACAUGUAUGAGGUUUGGAAUGAAAUGAAGCCGAGAAGAAAUGUGUCCCAAAUGACCAUGGAGACAGCAAUAAGUAUGUUUAUUUGCACUGUAUUGUUGUGGUUCACUGGUUUCUUUGGUUACGCGGAGUUUGGUCCAGAUGUGACAUCCUCUAUUCUGAGGAUGUAUAAGCCGUUGCACGAUGUAAUGAUGUUCAUCGCGUAUGUGGGCGUGCUUGUGAAGCUUUGCGUGGCUUUUGCGCUCCACAUUCUUCCUUGCCGUGAUUCGAUCCACCAUCUUUUGGGUUGGUCUCUGGAUGAAGUGGCGUGGUGGAAGAAUGCAGCGCUUUGCACCAUUUUGUCUGUCAUUGCGCUUAUUGCCGGUCUGUUUAUUCCGAACAUUAACAUUGUGCUUAGCCUGCUUGGCUCACUGACGGGUUCAUUCAUCGCGUUUGUCUUUCCCGCAAUUUACUUAAUGUAUGCCGGUGGCUUCUCGUACGCAAAGUCUGGUUUUUUUAUCUACACCUCCACCUAUGCGCUGUUAUUUGCUGGUAUUGUUGUCAUCGGCUUCGGAACGACAUCCACCAUCUAUCACAUAAUCGUAUGA